AAUUCAAUCGUUUGUGACAAAAAACGCACAAAAUAUAGCAUGUUGCCGCGAACAGGGGUACUCUAAAUGUUUUUGUCGGUAUACGAGCUCAGAUCCAUGUGAAAACGAGGUUCGCUAGUCAUGAUCGGGUCACACCUGCUACUGAGCCACAGUUAACGUUGCUGCUAGUCGACACUCAUUGUUAGCAUUUAGCUAACAAUAAGGCUAGCUUGCGCAACCAAUCGAUCGCCAAUUAAUUUCCUCCGAUACCUUUUCAAAUCGUGUCGAAAGAAACGCACGAUGGAAUAGAUUCAUAUGUAGGCUGCUAUUUAUACAUUCAACCAAUGUACAUUUUCCUUUUUGGUGGUAUGACAAAAUGAACCAAGCUACCCCUAACUGGCUCAGUGGCUAGCUCAACCUCUUGCUGUCUCUGCAGGCUUCACAGAGAGCUAGCAUUAGCAAGCUAGCCGGUUCUUGCUAUUUUCCAUAGGGACGACGGUAGAGUUACACAAUGGAUUGGUUCUCUGGAUGAUUAUCAUGUAGCAUGGUAUAAUACAAUAUGAAAUAUAGUAUAAGGCCGUCAGGUGUUUUUAUAACUACAUCUCUGGUUCUUUCUUUAUUUCUUAGUGUUUGAAUGGAUAUUACGAGGUGCACGGAGAAAUGGGAGAGGCCUCCAACGUCCUCCAUGAUGUUGUCCAGUAAGAAGUCAGACGCUGGCUCCUCUUCCUCCACCUCCUCAUCCACUACCGGCGCCGCUGGGGCGGAACGGGCCUCUGGGUCAGACGCCCAGUCUGGGCCGUCGGCCACUGUUCCCGGACCCGCGGACGUCAAGAAAAAGGAAAGGGCUUCCCCAAGCGGGGAGCCGGGGGGGCCCCCCCUGCCCCACCAAGCAGGUCCAGGAGCAGCGGAGCAGGACGCCGCGGAAGUCCGCAGGACGAGCCGUCGCAAGCGAGCAAAACAGGUGGAGUACCGCGAGAUGGACGAGAGCCUGGCCAACCUGUCUGAGGACGAAUAUUACUCUGAGGAGGAGCGCAAUGCCAAGGCAGAGAAGGAGAGGAAGCAGGUGGUGCCGCCGCCCGCACCCCCGCCGGAGGAGGAGAACGACAGCGAGCCUGAAGAGCCCUCAGGUGUGGAGGGAGCCGCCUUCCAGAGCCGCCUCCCCCACGACCGCAUGACGUCGCAGGAGGCCGCCUGCUUCCCCGACAUCAUCAGCGGGCCCCAGCAGACCCAGAAGGUCUUCCUGUUCAUCCGGAACCGCACGCUUCAACUGUGGCUAGACAACCCUAAGUUGCAGCUGACGUUUGAAGCCACCGUGCAACAGCUUGAAGCUCCGUACAAUAGUGAUACUAUUCUGGUCCACAGAAUACACAGCUACCUAGAGAGGCAUGGUCUUGUCAACUUUGGCAUUUACAAGAGGGUCAAGCCGUUACCCACUAAGAAGACAGGAAAGGUCAUCAUCAUCGGAGGGGGCGUGUCGGGUCUCGCUGCGGCCAGGCAGCUGCAGAGCUUUGGGAUGGACGUGACCGUUCUGGAAGCCAGGGAUCGUGUUGGCGGCAGAGUGGCCACGUUUAGGAAAGGCAACUAUGUGGCAGAUCUAGGAGCUAUGGUAGUGACCGGACUAGGAGGAAACCCCAUGGCUGUAAUAAGUAAGCAGGUCAACAUGGAGUUGGCCAAAAUUAAACAGAAGUGUCCUCUCUAUGAAGCCAACGGCCAGGCCGGGGAACGAUGCACGAGUGUGCCCAAGGAGAAGGACGAGAUGGUGGAGCAGGAGUUCAACAGGCUCCUGGAGGCAACCUCCUACCUCAGCCACCAGCUGGACUUCAACUUCCUCAACAACAAGCCUGUGUCCCUGGGACAGGCCCUGGAGGUGGUCAUCCAGCUGCAGGAAAAACACGUAAAGGACGAGCAGAUUGAACACUGGAAGAAGAUUGUCAAAACCCAGGAGGAUCUGAAGGAGCUGCUAAACAAGAUGGUGAACACCAAGGAGCGCGUGAAGGAGCUCCACCAGCAGUACAAGGAGGCCAGCGAGGUGAAGCCACCCAGGGACAUCACGGCAGAGUUCCUGGUCAAGAGCAAGCACCGGGACCUGACCGCGCUCUGCAAAGAGUACGACGAGCUGGUGGAGCUACAGGUGAAACUUGAAGAAAAACUACAGGAGCUGGAGGCGAAUCCACCCAGCGAUGUUUACUUGUCCUCGAGAGACAGACAGAUCUUAGACUGGCACUUUGCCAACCUGGAGUUUGCCAACGCCACGCCUCUGUCCACCUUGUCUCUCAAACACUGGGAUCAGGACGAUGACUUUGAGUUCACUGGCAGCCACCUGACGGUGAGAAACGGUUACAGCUGUGUGCCCGUGGCCCUGGCCGAGGGCUUGGACAUCAAGCUCAACACCGCAGUCAAACAAGUCCGAUACACGGCCUCCGGCUGUGAGGUGAUCGCGGUCAACACCCGCUCCACCAGCCAGACCUUCAUCUACAAGUGCGACGCCGUGCUGUGCACCUUGCCGCUGGGCGUGAUGAAGCAGCAGCCGCCCGCCGUGCAGUUCAUGCCCUCGCUGCCCGAGUGGAAGACCGCUGCCAUCCAGCGAAUGGGCUUCGGUAACCUCAACAAGGUGGUGCUGUGUUUCGACCGUGUCUUCUGGGACCCCAGUGUGAACCUGUUUGGUCACGUGGGCUCCACCACUGCCAGCCGCGGGGAAUUGUUCCUCUUCUGGAACCUCUACAAAGCUCCCAUCCUGCUGGCCCUGAUGGCGGGAGAGGCGGCCGGCAUCAUGGAGAACAUCAGCGACGACGUCAUCGUGGGCCGCUGCCUGGCCAUCCUGAAGGGGAUCUUCGGCAGCAGCGCCGUGCCUCAGCCUAAGGAGACGGUGGUGACGCGUUGGCGUGCCGACCCCUGGGCGCGGGGGUCCUACUCGUACGUCGCUGCGGGCUCUUCCGGAAACGACUAUGACCUCAUGGCUCAGCCCAUCACGCCCGGACCCGCCAUCCCAGGAGCCUCGCAGCCCGUCCCGAGGCUGUUCUUCGCAGGGGAGCACACCAUCAGGAACUACCCGGCCACCGUGCACGGAGCCCUGCUCAGCGGGCUGCGGGAGGCGGGCCGCAUCGCCGACCAGUUCCUGGGGGCCAUGUACACCCUGCCCCGGCAGACCACCGCCCCGGCCGCCAGCAACCCCCCCCAGGCCCUGCCCGCCGCCGCCGUCUAGACCCGGACACACACUGACACACACACUCAUGGACGUCGGCGCCGACACGCAUACACACACUCCCGACGAUGACUACUCCUGCCACUACUCCGAUUAAGUCUACCCCCC